GUUUUGACGUUUGUGACGUGUCGAAAUCGGUGCACGUCAGUUUCUUCAUUCAAAGUGAUUCAAAGUAUGGCAGACGUGGUGUUUAGCUUUCUGGCUCAGGCUAGUGAAAAUACAACUGAAAAUGCAACGAAUACAUCAGGAAGGCCCCCGAGUACUCCGGAAGGGAUGGCCGUUGCUUACGGGAGUUUGGUUAUUAUGGCCAUUUUACCCAUUUUCUUUGGCUCUUACCGGAGCGUGAAUUACCAUAAGGAGAAGAAACCUGAAAAAAUGACUAAGAAGGAUGCAGCGAUGUUCCCAAUAAUGGCAUCAUGUGCUCUUGUUUCAUUAUACGUAGUUUUUAAAUUAUUCUCAAAGGAGUACAUCAACUUGCUAUUGACUGGUUACUUCUUUUUCUUAGGAGUUUUAGCAUUGACUCACUUAAUGAGCCCAGUUGUUACAAAAUUGGUUCCAGCAGCCAUUCCAAACAUUCCCUUCCAUAUAUUAUUUAAGAGAGGCGAAGGAGAGUCUUCCCAAGAUUUAAUAAACUAUCGAUUCUCUUCUCACGACAUUGUAGCUUUAGCAUGUUGCUCAUUAGUUGGAGCUUGGUAUUUACUCCAAAAACAUUGGGUAGCCAACAAUUUAUUUGGUUUGGCGUUUGCUGUAAACGCCGUUGAACUUUUGCAUUUAAAUAAUGUUGUGACAGGAUUGAUUUUAUUAUCUGGAUUAUUCAUUUAUGAUAUAUUUUGGGUUUUUGGCACUGAUGUUAUGGUUACUGUUGCUAAAAGCUUUGAAGCCCCAAUCAAAUUGGUUUUCCCUCAAGAUUUAUUAACAAAUGGAUUAGCUGCGAAUAAUUUUGCCAUGUUAGGUUUAGGAGAUAUCGUUAUUCCAGGAAUAUUUAUUGCAUUACUUUUGCGUUUUGAUCAUAGUUUAAAAAGAAAUACACACACUUACUUCCACGCCACUUGUUUCGCAUAUUUCUUGGGGUUAAUGACUACCAUUUUUGUAAUGCACAUGUUUAAGCAUGCUCAACCAGCUCUGUUAUAUCUCGUCCCCGCCUGUUUGGGUACCCCACUUUUAUUGGCUUUAGUCAAAGGAGAUAUAACUUUAAUGUUGAAGUACGAAGAUAGUUCUGAGGAGAAAGAUAAGGAUGAAGGAAAAGCUGUGAAGCAGGAGGCGAAAAAAGCCAAGUAAAGUGUGGAAUGAAAUGUCUGAUUAGUUCAAUUUAUUGUAAAAAAAAUGUUGCACAAUUUUUUACUUAAAUUUCGAUUUUUAUAGAGUUCUUUUAUGUUAAUUAUUGUAAAAUGAAAAGUAUUGUUUAGAAAUGUUUUAAAUCAAAAAGAAAGGAAAACUAAAUCUCGAUGAUUCUGCCUGAUAUAUCUAUUACAUAACGUUGUAAUUAUUUUUUAAAAAAUAUAUACAAAUGUCUAUUC